GCGCCAUAAAUAGUGCUGACAUGUGGCUGUGAUUUCACCAGAAGCAAGGGAAGGGUUAAAAAAAAAAAAGAAAGUCGGAUGCAAAGUGAACACAUAGAUUAUAGGAAAUUAAAGCCCGGCUGCUGGAUUACAGAGGCAUGAUUUCACCAGCAUAAGCAUCAAGAGGCCAGAUGGAGUGAGAACAAAUAUAUACUGUAUAUAUAUAUUUAUAUAUAGCUCGCUCUGCUUUGAAGAGAGCUACAAUUAGAUUGAAUCAUUUAAAUCUGAGCAUCAUCAGCAUCUUUUGGAGCCCCUGCGAGGACUCCAGAGGAUGAAGUGUGACUGCAGCAGGUCAUCAGUGAUGGGAUCAACUGUGCUCAUGCGCCACAAUCUGGAUUUGCUUCUCAUCUCACUGCUCUGCACGUUCUGCCUGGCACAUGCAGACGAUGUCCUCACUAAAGAGGAGCAGAUAGCGCUACUGUUCAAAGCCAAGCGCAAGUGUGAAAGCAUCAUCAAGUCGAGGCACAAAUUUCCCGAUGGCCACUGCGCGCCAGACUGGGAUGGCAUUGUGUGCUGGCCUGAAGGGGCUUCAGGAAAGCUGGUGUCCACCUCAUGCCCCGAGUACAUCUACGACUUCAACCAUCGAGGACGAGCUUACCGCCGCUGUGACGGCAACGGAACGUGGGAGAUCUCCACGGCCAACAACAAGACUUGGGCCAAUUACAGCGAAUGUGCCAAAUUCCUGUCCCAUUACAACCAGAGCCACGAGAAGGACGUCUUCCACCGCUUGUACCUCAUCUACACCGUGGGCUACUCCGUCUCUCUGGGGUCUCUCGUGGUGGCGGUGGUCAUCUUGGGAUAUUUCCGACGACUGCAUUGCACCAGGAACUACAUCCACAUGCAUCUGUUCGUGUCCUACAUGCUGAGAGCUGUCAGCAUCUUCGUGAAGGAUGUGGUGCUCUACUCGGGCUCCGCCUUGGAGGUGGAAGAGCGCGUCACGGUGGAAGACCUCAAGUCCAUCACCGAGGCUCCCCCGGCCAACAAAGCCCACUUUAUUGGCUGCAAGGCGGCCGUCACCUUGUUCAUGUACUUCCUGGCCACCAAUUACUACUGGAUCCUGGUGGAGGGUCUGUACCUGCACAGCCUCAUCUUCAUGACCUUCUUCUCGGACCGAAAGUACCUAUGGGGCUUCACUCUGAUCGGAUGGGGCGUGCCGGCUAUUUUUGUGAGCGUCUGGGCAACGGUGAGGGCCACUUUUGCAGACACAGAGUGUUGGGAUUUAAGCGCGGGUAAUUUGAAAUGGAUAUACCAGGUGCCUAUUCUGGCAGCUGUUGUGGUCAAUUUUAUCUUAUUUCUGAACAUCAUUAGAGUCUUGGCAACCAAACUGCGAGAGACCAACGCCGGCAGGUGCGACACUAGGCAGCAGUACAGGAAACUGCUGAAGUCCACGCUGGUGCUGAUGCCGUUGUUUGGUGUGCACUACAUCAUAUUCAACGCCAUGCCCUACACAGAAGUUUCCGGAAUCCCCUGGCAGAUCCAGAUGCACUACGAGAUGCUCUUCAACUCCUUCCAGGGCUUCCUUGUAGCAAUCAUAUACUGCUUUUGCAACGGGGAGGUUCAAGCGGAGAUCAAGAAGUCGUGGAGCAGGCGGACUCUGGCGUUGGACUUCAAGAGGAAGGCGCGCAGUGGCAGCAACACGUACAGCUACGGGCCCAUGGUGUCGCACACCAGCGUCACCAACGUCACCGCCAGGGCGCCGCACGCUCUCCACCUCACCACCCGGCUGGGACAGGCGCCCGUCAACGGACACCGCAACCUGCCGGGAUACGUCAAGAACGGCUCCGUGUCUGAGAACUCUGCGCCCUCGUCGGGCCAGCAGGAGCUCCACGCCGCUGAGGAGCAGCGCGGGGCUCCGCCUUUGCCGCCCAGCGAGGAAGAGGAGGAUAAGAAGCCUUCGCCUGUGGUGGAGGAGGAGAGAGAGACGGUCAUGUGACCUGUCACCGGGGACCCUCCUAAUAGCAGUGAAUGUCUGACAGUCUGAAAACAGACUGACGUUUUUUUGUUUUGUUUUUUACUUUCUUUACAUCCACUGCCAUGGUGUUUUUGUGGAGACUGAAGUUGCCAGGAAACAGCCUUAAUCCACCUCCAAGGAGACGUGCGAGGAUUUGGUUUAAAAAGACGAGAAAAAUGAAAGGAAAGUCGCUCAGCGUGUUUUUUUACUUUAAAGGCCUACUGAAACCCACUACUACCGACCACGCAGUCUGAUAGUUUAUACAUCAAUGAUGAAAUGUUAACAUUGCAACACAUGCCAAUACGGCCGGGUUAACUUAUAAAGUGCAAUUUUAAAUUUCCCGGGGAACUUCCGGUUCAAAACGCCUUUGGAGGAUGACGUAUGCGCGUGACGUCGCGAGGUCCACGGAAGUGUUUGGACCCUUUUGGACACAAUACACAGAGCUCUGUUUUCUUCGACAAAAUUCCACAGUAUUCUGGACAUCUGUGUUGGGGAAUCUUUUGCAAUUUGUUUAAUGAACAAUGGAGGCUGCAAAGAAGAAAGUUGUAGGUGGGAUCGGUGUAUUAGCGGCUGGCUGUAGCAACACAACAAGGAGGACUUUGUUGGAUAGCAGACGCGGUAGCGGCGAACUCACCUUGACUUCCUACGUCUCCGGGCCGCCGACCGCAUCGUCGAUCGCUGGAACGCAGGUGAGCACGGGUGUUGAUGAGCAGAGGAGGGCUGGCUGGCGUAGGUGGAGCGCUAAUGUUUUUAUCAUAGCUCUGACGAGGUCCCGUUGUUAAGUUAGCGUCGUUAGCAACAGCAUUGCUAGGCUUCGACAGGCGUCGAAUACAUAUUAACCGUGUAUUUACAUGUCCAGUGUUUGGUUCGGUGUCUCCUGAUAGUAGUAUUGUUGAUCUUCUGUCUAUCCUUCCAGUCAGGGAUUUAUUUAUUUUGUUUCUAUCUGCAUUUGAGACAGAUGCUAUCACGUUAACUCAUGCUAAAGAGCUUCGUCGAUGUAUUGUUGUGGAGAUAAAAGUCACUGUUAAUGUCCAUUUCGCCUUCUCGACUCUCAUUUUCAAGAGGAUAUAGUAUCCGAGGUGGUUUAAAAUACCAAUCCGGGAUCCACAAUAGAAAAAGGAGAGAGUGUGGAAUCCAAUGAGCCAGCUUGUACCUAAGUUACGGUCAGAGCGAAAAAAGAUAUCUCUUGAACUGCAUACUAGUCCGUCACUCUAACGUUCCUCAUCCACAAAUCUUUCAUCCUCGCUCAAAUUAAUGGGGUAAUCGUCACUUUCUCGCUCCUAAUAUCUCUCGCUCCAUUGUAAACAACGGGGAAUUGUGAGCAGCACUACCGCUUGUGACGCCACGCUACUUCCGGUAGGGGCAAGGUUUUUUUUUAUCAGCGAGCAAAAGUUGCGAACUUUAUCGUCGAUUUUCUCUACUAAAUCCUUUCAGCAAAAAUAUGGCAAUAUCGCGAAAUGAUCAAGUAUGACAUAGAAUGGAUCUGCUAUUCCUGUUUAAAUAAAAAAAAAUCAUUUCAGUAGGCCUUUAAAUAUUAGGAAGCUUUUUUUUUUUAGCCCAUUGUGAACAUUUCUGCUAAUUAUUGGUUUGAAUGUGUCAAGAAUUACCCCCGACACCCGACUUUUUUGUUCCGCAACUUUCCACACUUUGUGUCGUCGCUUCUGUUGCAAGUGGCCCCAAAAAAAAAAGAUUUCAAAGAUCCAGUGCAAUCAUGCUGCUUAUUGAUGUACAUACGAGUCACAAUGUUUACAAAGACUUGAUAAUUGUGAGCUAAAGAUGUCGUCAUUUUGCUAAUAUUUGUGUGUAUAUAUAUGUUUUUGUUGUAUGGGACCAUAUGUACAGACGAGCAUGUAGACAUUCCGCCUGAGAUCUUAAAAAGCUGCAGCUGCACUUACAGUAAAUGGGAACUGCACUUUUUUUUAUUUUGCCUAUCAUUCACAAUCCUUAUGCAAGACAGGCAAACAUAUGGUUUUCUUUUUUUAUGCAUUCUAAAUAUUAAAGAAAUGCGAGCAAAAGUCAA